AUGGAGCGCGGCCGUCCCGCCAGUAGCCCACGCAGCGCCGAGCCCGCCUCAUCGGCCGCCGCUGCCCGAGACUCGAGCCCGGGACGGACCGGCGCCGGGCAGACAGGCUCCGGCGGGGUCGCCCCGCGCUCCGGGGGUGGCCGACCUGCAGCUGCGAACGCUGCUCGGGAGCGCAGCCGAGUGCAGACCCUGCGGCACGCCUUCCUGGAGCUGCAGCGCACACUGCCGUCGGUGCCGCCCGACACCAAGCUGUCCAAGUUGGACGUGCUGCUGCUGGCCACCACCUACAUCGCCCACCUCACCCGCAGCCUGCAGGACGACAAUGAGGCGCCAGGAGACCCCAGACUGGGCACCUUGCGAGGCGACGGCUACCUGCAUCCAGUUAAGAAGUGGCCCAUGCGAUCAAGACUGUACAUCGGCGCUACUGGUCAGUUUCUGAAGCAUUCUGACUCUGGAGAAAAGGCGAAUCAGAGCAACACACCAACAGCCUCACAGCCAUAGGCUGUCUCCUGGGGGCUCUGGUAGAAGUGGUGGCUAUAAAUGGUGGCUAUUGUUUUUAAAGACUGGAAUAAUUAUGUAUUUAUUACAUUGGACAUAACAAAUACCGUUUUUGAAGUUUACAUUAAAACCUGUAGUUGAAUGUCAAACUAAAUAAAUAUAGAAUGGUAUAAUCAGCCCUAUAUAAAUAUAUAUAUAGCUUAUUUACUCAUUGUGUUACUGCUACAUAGUAAAGAGAAGUUAUUAGGAAAAAUGAAAGACACACAAAGGCAUAUAGUUGUGUACACCCAAAGAAUGCUCACAUUUCCUUCCACAUUUUCUGUAAAAACUGAUGUGAAUACAACCCUUCUAGUUUUAAGAAAUAAAGUAUGUGGUGUUGUGUGUCUAUAAUCCCAGGACUCCAGGAUGCAGAGGCAGGUGAAUCUCUGUGAGUUCGAGGCCAGGCUACUCUAUAUAGACAGUUCGAGGCCAGCAAGGGCUACACAGUGAGACCCUGUAUCAAAAAAUAAAUUAAAUGUAUUUAUAUUAGUCUUCAAUUGUAAAAGCCAGUGUGUGCUUUGAGUUGGCCAUUUCAGUUAGAAGAUAU